AGCGUCAUCCCUAGUUGCAGCCUCCACCACCGUCAACAGCCACUCCCCCAUCACCACAGCAGCCCGCCGCCUUGCGCCCAACUGUGGAUAGCGAUCGCCUCACUUCACCAUACCAAUACAGAAAUAUUAGAACCCGUACUUCCGCUCGCCGGUACACCUCUGGCUCCAACGGCGCCAUUACCACCUGCGCAGUCGCGGUCACGCCAGUCCGAUCUUCCUUGAUUGUCGUCGCUCUUUCAACCAGAGCCCUGUUCAAUCCCCCGCCCUGCGCGCGGCUCCUUUGAGCGCUUCAGUGUCGGCGCAUCGCCCUCACCGACACUUAUUCCGACUGCUCUGUGAUACUCAGACACUUCAGAGAUCGCCAUGACACGGCCGCGGCGCUCGUCAGCGGCGAGCGAGGAGAGCACAGGGGCGCCAGGGAACCAGGAGUUAGGGAGCAUGUACGACUACCUGGCCAAGAUUAUCCUUCUGGGCCCGAGUGGAACGGGCAAGUCCUGUCUAUUGCACCGUUUCGUCAAGAACGAGUGGCGUAUUCUUUCGUCCCAAACCAUCGGCGUAGAGUUUGCCAGCAAGAUCAUCAAAGUCGGCACCGGCGCCCGGCGCAAGCGGAUAAAGCUGCAGCUCUGGGACACGGCGGGCACCGAGCGCUUCCGGUCCGUCUCGCGGUCCUACUACCGCGGCGCUGCGGGCGCCAUCCUCGUGUACGACGUCACCAGCCACAACUCCUUCUCGAGCCUGCAACCGUUCCUCAACGACGCCCGGGCGCUGGCCUCGCCCAACCUCACCACGCUGCUGGUCGGCAACAAGCUCGAUAUCGCCAGGGACGAGGACCUCCUCGAGCUGCCGCCGCCCACGCCAAACAGCACCAUCAGCUCCUCGAGCUUUCCCUACAGCACCUCGGCGAGCACGAUAAACACGGCAACGGUGGGCACGCAGCUCAAGGCGAGCGUGGCGCCCGAAGGCAGGGAGAUCAACACGGCCGAGGCGGUGCGGUGGGCGAGUGGUGUCAACAUCCCCGUCACCAUGGAGGUGUCUGCGUUCACAGGCGAAGGGGUAGACGAGGUAUUUGGGCGGCUCGCGCGGAUGAUCUUGACAAAGAUCGAGCUCGGUGAGAUCGAUCCGGACGAUCCGCUCAGCGGCAUCCAGUACGGCGAUGGCGGGAUGUGGAACGCUGGGGCAAGUGACGGAGCGAGCAUCAAGAGCACCCUCACGGUUGAGGAGGGAGGGCUGCGCAGGCGCGGCGGAAACAAGAAGAACAGUCGUGCGCGGACGCAGAACUGGGGCAUCGGCAUGAGGGAGUGGGAAGACGUGUUCACGUUGAGUAGAGGGCGUGGUAGGGGCAAUUGCUGCUGAGGUUGGCAGCAACUGAGAGCCUCCGCAGUGAGCAGGCAGCUGGAUGCUUGCUCUGCGCUGCACUUUCUUCUUGGACACACUCGUUGUUGCUCAUUCGUUUGGCCCACACCAUGCUUUCUAGGUCGUCUUGCUGGCGUUGGUCGGGGCACUUGAUUCAGGCAGCCAGUCGUUCUGUAGCAAGCCGUGCUUUAUCGGUCUUCUGGCACUUUCUCUUUCCCAGCGGAGAUAUUCAUAGACUAUCGUUCACAUACUUUUUUUCUUAGUAAUCCUAAUUCGACGAGAGAAAUACAUGGCAAAUUCCCACUGGA